AUGGCGCCUCUCGACCGAGAAACCCCCGCCGUCAGCUGCGCGAAGGCGGCAAUCCUCCUUCUCGGCGUUUGCAUCCCUUCGGCGAUAAUCCUCAUCUCGACGCCUAAAUCUGGCCCCAGCUCCGUGAUAAGAUACGCUUGGAUCGCCGUCGUCCCCUUCAUCGCUAGACAUUUACUCGUGCAGCUGUCUGGUAUAACAACGAGUUAUGUUCUCAACACCGUUGCCAUGGGACAGCUCUGUCUCGUCCUUCUGCAAAGCUGCAAUUUCCUCAUCCUCACGCGGCUCGAUACCGGUGAUUUCGUGAAGGGAAAUAUUUACCAGCCGUCGGAUGGGCUUGUUCACAAACUUCGGGGCGUCAUUGGGUUAAUGUUCAACUUGCGAGGCAUCGGCACGCCAUGGCAGAUCUCACGUAUUAAUGCGGCUCCACAGAGCCUCGACAAGCAUACCGAGAACGGAAAAUUGCGCAAAGGGCCGUGGGUGGCGCGACAGUUGCAGAUUAUCUUCUGGCAGUACCUCUUUCUCGACUUCACGUAUCUUUCGUCCUUGGAUACAUCACUGGAAGAUGCGGAGAAGCUCUUUGGUCCCGGUAAAGAGUUCCUGUGCACCAACGCCAACGCAGAGCAGUGGGGAGCCCGGGUGGCUGUUGGCUUAAUCUCCUGGCUAGCCCCGGCUCGAGUGACAAUGGACAUCGUCUAUCGAGUGCUAUCAGUAGUUUCUGUCAUGAGCGGUACGGCAUCUCCGGAGGACUGGCCGCCUCUCUUUGGAAGCAUCUGGGAUGCAUACACGAUCCGAGCUUUUUGGAGCGUCUUUUGGCACCAACACUGUCGUUGGUUUCUCACGUCAGUCAGCAACUAUAUCUGCCGGGACCUCUUACGCCUUCCUCGACCCUCUCGUCUGGAGCGUUAUUUCAAUAUCGCUCUAGUAUUCAUGGGUUCGGGCCUAGUCCACGUUAUGCUCGACAUGUUCUGCUGGGAGCCAUCUCUUAAAGCGCCAACAUUGGCCUUCUUUGGCUCCUUUGCUGUGGCUAUCAUGAUUGAAGACGGGGUUCAGGAAGUGUGGCGCCGCGUUGCGGGUGCAGAGGAUUCUAAGAAUGUCCCACUGUGGCACAAGAUUGUAGGCUACUUUUGGGUUUCAACAUGGCUCACCGUCACCUCCCCAUGGUAUCUGUAUCAUGCCGUCCGGCAGCCUGUGGAGGUCAAAUGGUUGGUGCCGUUCAGUGUUCUCAGUAUGAUGGGGCCAGUGGCAGGGAACAUCUUGUUGUUAGGUGGCGGCCUCGUGCUGAAAUACAUGAUUGGUGGCCAAAUUUAG